UAACCCCAGCCGAGUAGCUGCCAAAAAAAAAAACAAAAAACUCUCUCAAAAUAACCAGUAAAACCCCUGUCGAAAAUCAAAGUCUCAAAUUCUCUAAACCCUACACCGGGGCUACGUUGACGGGAAUGGUCGGUUACUCCCCGCCGGCGAAUUCAUAGCUUGGUGGAAUUUUGAAAUAAAUCGAAAAUUGAAGAAGGCAUUGCCUAUUGAAGAUUGUGGGUGUUGUUACAAGUCACAAAAAUGUCAGAUAUCAGAAAAUGGUUCAUGAAGCAGCAUGACAAAGGUACGGGUAAUGGGAGCAUGUCCAAGAAUGCUCCAGAAAAGCCUUCAGCAGAAAAGCCUUCUCCAGAAAACCUGGUACAAGAGGGACAAGAGACUGCCGGCAGAAGGAAAACUAGUAAAUAUUUUGCUACAGACAAGGUGAAGGCAAAAGAAGAAAAAGUAGAGGCAGUAUCAGCAAAAAGAAAAGCUCAAAAUGCUGGUGGAAGUUCAUCAGUUAAUGAGAAGCCACCAGCUGCGAAAAGAAUUCACAAAGCUGAGGAUGACGAUGACUUUGUACUGCCUGCAUCUGCAAUGGGAUCCAGAGGUGCCACUCCCACCAAAAAGUCGGCAAGUGGCUCUGGAAGGGGACCUGCACGGAAGUCUGUGAUCAGUGAUGAAAGUGACGAUGAUCUUAAGGAUACAAAAUCUGAUCUCAAACCUACUGGAAGAGGGCGUGGUGGACGAGCAGCUCAGACUGGUGGAAAAGGCAUCCCUCUUGAUGAAAGUGAUGAUGAUGCCUCAGCUGAUAAGGACACCAAAUCUGGUGGACGAGGGCGUGGUGGUAAAGGACCAUCUGCAGCACCAAGUGGUGGACGAGGCAGAGGCGGUGGAGGACGGGGCGGUUUCAUGAAUUUUGGUGAAAGAAAAGACCCUCCUCACAAGGGGGAAAAGGAAGUUCCUGAAGGUGCCUCAAACUGUUUAGCUGGUUUGACUUUUGUAAUUAGUGGAACUCUGGACAGUUUAGAAAGAGAAGAAGCUGAGGAUUUGAUUAAACGCCAUGGUGGUCGUGUCACAGGAUCUGUUAGCAAGAAAACGAAUUAUCUUUUAUGCGAUGAAGACAUCGAGGGACGGAAAUCCUCUAAAGCCAAGGAACUCGGAACUGCAUUUCUCACUGAGGAUGGUUUGUUCAAUAUGAUCCGGUCAUCAAAGAAAUCAAAACCAGCUACACAACCCGAGUCAAAGAAAUCGGUGGACACUGUUGUUUCUCCUGCAAAGAGAAAUUCACAAAAUACAAGUGAUGGAACUGGAAGCACUGCCACAAAGAUUUUAGCUGCCAAAGAAUUGACACCUAGUGCAUCUCCUGCCAAGAGGAAAGGCCAAGCUAAAGAGUCUUCACUACCAUGGACAGAAAAAUACAGGCCCAAAGCUAUUGUAGACAUAAUAGGGAAUAAGUCACUGGUAGAACAGAUUCAGCGUUGGCUGGAGAGCUGGGAUGAGCAUUUUCUAAAUGCAGCUAGUAAGGGGAAGGGGAAAAAACAGAAUGACUCUGGUGCUAAAAAGGCAGUUCUGUUGAGUGGUAUGCCGGGUAUAGGGAAGACUACAUCAGCAAAGGUGGUUAGUCAGCUACUGGGUUUCCAAACUAUCGAGGUAAAUGCUAGUGAUAGUCGUGGAAAGGCUGAUUCAAAAAUUGAGAAAGGAAUUGGUGGUAGUACUGCUAAUUCCAUAAAAGAACUAGUUAGCAAUGAAUCACUAGGUGCUAAUAUUGGCAGAUCGCACCAUCAGAAGACUGUUCUGAUUAUGGAUGAGGUUGAUGGCAUGUCUGCUGGAGAUAGAGGUGGUGUUGCCGAUCUUAUUGCUAGCAUCAAGUUAUCCAAAAUUCCUAUUAUCUGCAUUUGUAAUGAUCGCUACAGUCAGAAAUUGAAGAGCCUUGUCAAUUAUUGCUUACCAAUUGUCUUCCGAAAACCGACUAAACAGCAGUACACUAAUGAAUAUAUGCAAUAUACUUAUGCUAGUCAGUGUACCUUCCACAGUGUCCUGUUAUGGACAAGAUCCAAGCUACCCUUAGCUCCAAUGGCAAAGAGGUUAAAGCAAGUGGCAAAUGCUGAAGGCCUUCAAGUCAAUGAGAUUGCUCUUGAGGAAUUGGCAGAACGUGUUGGUGGCGAUAUGCGUAUGGCUCUAAAUCAAUUGCAAUACAUGAGUCUCUCCAAGUCUGUGAUCCAAUACGAUGAUAUAAGACAGCGCCUUCUAAGCAGUUCAAAGGAUGAAGACAUCUCACCCUUCAAAGCUGUCGAACUGCUGUUUGAUUUUAAUGCCAAGAACUUGAAAAUAGAUCGAAGAAUUGAUCUAAGUAUGAGUGACCUAGAUCUUGUCCCGCUUCUUAUACAGGAGAACUAUCUCAAUUACAAGCCAAGUUCUCUUGGCAAAGAUGAUGAUGGUUUAAAGCGGAUGAGCCUAAUCGCGCGUGCUGCUGACUCUAUUGCAAAUGGUGAUUUAAUAAAUGUACAGAUUCGUAGAUACCAGCAGUGGCAACUAUCUCCAGCUGGUUGCCUUUCGUCUUGCAUAAUUCCUGCUUCGUUGUUGCAUGGACAGAGGCAGACUCUUGAGCAGGGAGAACGCAACUUUAAUAGGUUUGGUGGCUGGCUAGGAAAGAACUCUACAAUGGGAAAGAAUUACCGAAUUUUGGAGGACUUGCAUGUUCACCUACUCGCUUCUCGUGAAUCAUAUUUGGGAAGGGCAAACCUGAGACUUGACUACUUUACUCUUCUUACAAAGAAGUUGACAGAUCCAUUAAAACUGCUACCUAAGGAUGAAGCUGUCGAGAACGUUGUGGAUUUCAUGGAUUCAUACUCUAUAAGCCAGGAUGACUUCGAUAAUAUUGUGGAGAUAUCAAAAUUCAAGGGACAUCCAAAUCCACUGGAUGGUGUUCAGCCUGUUGUGAAAGCUGCACUGACAAGGGCAUACAACAAAGGAAGCAAAUCACGUGUUAUUCGCACAGCAGAUUUAAUAUCCCUUCCUGGAAUUAAAAAAGCUCCCAAGAAGCGGGUUGCAGCGAUGCUGGAGCCACUAGAUGAAGGCUUAGCUGAAGAAAAUGGUGAAGCAAUUGCUGAAGAUGAAGAGAACUCAUCAGAGACAGAGGAUAUAGAUGUUGAGAAAAAGUUGGAGUCAGAUCUUCAGAGUCUCAAUUUGAAGGGAAUCCAAGUAAAUGUAGAUCUGAAGGGUGCUGGUGGAAAGAAGCCGUCUGCUGGAAGAGGAAGAGGAAGUUCUAGUAGCAGCAGGGAGAAAGGAGGCGCUGAAUCCUCGGGCAAGAGAGGUGGCCGGGGUUCUGGAGCUACCAAGAGAAAGAGGUGAAACCCGAAAACAUCUUCCUGACCUGACCUGACUUAAUGUUGUCUGUUACAACCAUCAGAAACUUUGUUUAGCUAUUUGUGUAAAGAAAAGGGGGUCUUAAGUUGAUCGGUGUACAUUCAACCUACUUGAAACUAACGAGUAACUAUUUUCUGUCUUUAUUUUUGUUUUGUAUUCAAAUUUUGGCAUCUCGUGUCAGUGUCGCGUUAAUUCUGUUCCA